AAGACGUACGCUUGUGUAGGUUUAACGCUACGUCAGCCUUUCAGCCAACAGCUUUCUCCCGACAGCUACGUGGCCAGGGACAUCAGCCGGCCAGGUAACAACAACAAGACCCACACAGAAAACCCCACUUUCCCACCAUGGAUCAAGUUACGCAGUUUGUGGAGCCGAGUCGGCAGUUCGUGAAAGACUCCAUCAGACUCGUGAAAAGAUGCACAAAACCCGACAGAAAGGAAUUCCAGAAGAUUGCCAUGGCAACAGCGAUUGGCUUUGCGAUCAUGGGCUUCAUCGGAUUCUUUGUGAAACUCAUCCACAUCCCCAUCAACAACAUCAUUGUUGGCGGCUAAAUCCUACGUUCCUAUCCUAUGUAUGCUGACUAUUCCAAAUCAUGAUUGCGACUGACUGGGUUGAGUGAAGGAUUUUUACUUUGAGUGUUUGUGGGGCUGUUUGUUAAUAAAUAAUCAGUGAGGGAAAAUAA